UUCUUUGAUAUCAGAACGGAUCUUAUAGCGUAGGGAAAAAGCAUUGGGGUCACCUUUCGCGUGAACGCUCUGACUAUUGCACUAGCUGUGGGUUGAGGAAGCGUUUGCAGUGUAUAUACGACGGCUGAUUAUCUGUAUUCAUCCGCAAGCGAUAAUGAAAGCAAGACUGAAGUCCAAGCUCAGCGCGAUAUCCCCAUCCAAAUCACGCUAUGUAGACGACGAGCGCGGCGACCGUGCCGUCGAAGAAGGCACGUACGGCACCGCCGAGCGCCUAGCCGAGCGACGCAGCAGAAGUAGCGGUCUAGGUGCUGGCGGGAUGGUACCCGGCGAACACGCGGGUGCGUUCCCGGGGCAGGACUUCCAACCGUGCCGGAUGACGAUCGGGGUCAAAAUGGCUCUGCUGGCCGUGCUGUUGACGAUGGUCUCCGUCGGGUUGAUGGCAGCGAUUGCGUGGAUCAGCACGUCCAAGACGCUGACAGCGGAGCUGGAGAAACGCAUCGACACCAUAGCGCUGCUCCGCAGCCAGCAUCUCACGCAGUACAUCAUGAAACGCUUCGGCGACCUGAACCUGAUCGCCUCGCGGCUGCUCAUCCAAGGAUUCCUGAAGGAGAUCGCAGCGGGCAAAGUGCUCGACGCCAACGAGACGGCCGUCGGCAACCGCGACCUCGCCACGGCCGCGACGUCGCAGAACUUCAUGCUGAUCAUCGAGUUCCUAUCCCUCAACGGAAGCACCGUGUUCCAAACCGUCGCCGACGGCAUCAACAUGACCGAACUGGACCGCCGGUUUGAGCUACCGCUAGGACACCACCUCCUGCUGCCGCAGAUGAUGGAAUCCGUCCCCGUCGAUCUGCAUGUGAGUGAGCGUCCGCCCCCCAGAGGUGGUGCUGGCCAGCCGCCUGUUCUUCACCCACCAUCGGCCACACCGUUUGCCGGCGCUAAUCCCCGCUCUCAGGCUCCGCCACCACUCGCCGACAAUAGUUUUGUCUGGGGGUUGAUUCAACCCAUACACGACGCGACAAACUUGUCAAAUGUGGAGGGUUACAUUCGCAUGAUGAUGAGGGCGGAUGAGCUGGCGCCGAUUAUCUAUGAGUCUGCUGGAUUGGGCGACACAGGCCAACUCGUCGUAGUCAAAGCCGUCAACGAGACCGCCUACCGCUUCAUCCUUCCUCCAAUGCGCAACCCCGAAUACUUCCCCGGCGAGCACUCCCUCGCCAGCUACCCGCUUUUCCAGACGGCGCUGCAGGACAACAAGACGCAUGUGGGCACGUUUGUGUCGUUUGAUGGGUCGAGGGUUAUGGGCGCGAUGUAUCCCGUGGGCGAGGGGUGGUAUUUGGCUUCUGAGAGUGAGUUUUAUGUGGUGGAUGUCGUCUGCUGAGAGUGUUCACAGUCUGGAGAGGCACGGGGUAAUAUACUGCACCCUAUUCGCUAACCGAACCUCUUCAUUCUCGUUUCCUAGUCUCCGAAGCCGAAAUCAACACCCCGGUAGUCCGCCUCCGCACCUCCCUCCUCCUCGCCAUCAUCUUCGUCAU